CUCCUCAAAUUAUACCGCUAUGCUAUCGUUGACUGACUGCGGAUUCAUAGGUCUUGACGGAAUGGACGGAACAGGCGAAGAUGAGAGCAAAGCAUUUUGUUGAAUUUUUGAGAACGUCGAUGCAUCGUCUAGCCGUGCCUGUGGUUUCAGUGGUAGCUGUUGGGGUUGGAGGAAGCCUUGGAGUUCUCUUUGAAAGAAAGAGGCUUCAACAUGGUGUACUUUCUGCGGUACAUGCAAAACCAAAACAAGAUGUUGUUGAUGGUCCAGGAUCCAGAUUGUCAGAAAUAAUGAGAUUUGGAUUUCCUGGUUUUGAUAAUGUCAAGGCCAAGGAUGAUUAUGUUCUUUCAUACAACCGCCGUCUAAGACUCGCAAACUGGGUAGCGGAGCACUUGACAGCUGUAAAUGUGUACAACAGAGAUCUUGACAGAGGGCGUUGUGAGUUUGUGGGUGAUCCGUCAGUUCAUCCCUUGUUUGCGACAACAAAUGACGACUACAGGAAGAGUGGAUAUGAUAGGGGACAUCUUGCUGCAGCAGCCAAUCACAGGUCUUCCCAGAACUCGAUGUGUGCCACGUUCUUCCUGAGUAACAUGAGUCCACAAGUUGGUUCAGGAUUUAACCGUGAUGCUUGGGAACACCUUGAAAAGUAUUCACGCCAUCUGACGAAGUUAUACAAGAAUGUUUAUGUUAUCACUGGUCCUCUCUUCUUACCAAAACUGGAAGCUGACAAUCAACUUUAUGUGAAAUAUAAGUUGAUUGGGCAGAAUCGCAUAGCUGUUCCCACACAUUACUUCAAAGUGAUCCUGGGCGAGACAAGGAAUGACCAGUUAGAACUGCAGUCCUACAUACUGCCUAACCAACCAAUCAACGAGAAGACACCGCUACAUAUGUUUCAAGUCCCGGUGGAAACGAUCGAGAAGGCCUCGGGCCUAAUUUUUUUCGACAAGGUUCCGCGCCAUGCUAUUAAUCAGAUUCGGCCGACGAUUGCCUUAAGCAGCUGACGUUGGUAUUGCUAGAUUCGACUUAGGUGAAUAUGGUGGCCAUGAUGGUUUUCGAGUUAUAAUGCUAUUUAGCCAUAAGGUCAGCGGAAGGGGGAAGGGAGGGGGCAAAGUGAAACUCUGGAAAGAAGACCGUUUUUGGAAAAUCAGCUCGUCCCAAUAGUCAAGCAUCUCUGCCAGAAUCAUAUUUCUGGGGCGGAUACAGGAAUUCAGAGAAGGGGUUCCGGUGGCAUUCUCCCCCGGAAAAUUUUUAAAAUUGAGGUCCUUGGAAAUGGGAAGUCCGGCAUUCUGAGGUCACGUAAGCGUGUUAUAAUAUCCCAUUUCUUUUAAUUUAGGGGUUUCAACAGAACCCCCCUAACCAACCCCUCAGAUCCGCCCCAGUAUUUGAGAAACACGUUAUGAAUAGGUAAAGUAAAAUUAGGAUCGACCUACGUAAGAUGGACACCUGAUGAUAAAUUAUACCACGUAGUUUAGUUGUAGCGAUAAGCAUGUGAUGAAAGGUUCGGUUAGCCUAGCUGGCAUUUCGGUAAGCCUAAAAGCUCUCUGGGUAGCCUUAAAUAGCACAACGAUUAGCCUAAGCUAGCUGUGGAAGCUUGCGGUUAACCUGUGUAUUGGGGUUAGGAAAAAGGAAGACAGCACGAACAAUAACCAUGUAAAUUUUCGAAAAUUUCUUCCCGGGAAUUUCCGUUCCAUGUAAUUUUCCUCCAAUUUCCAGAAUUUUCGGUCGAAUGGUUCAGAUUUCGAAAAAAAUGCAACAUCUUUUCUCAGCACCAGUUGUCCUCGUUUUGGAAAGUUUCGGAAUUUUUGAUUGAAUGGAAAACUCCCUUUGUGUCAACUACGGAGUGAUCGUUGGUUUGGAAUAUAUAGAUACCCGACAUCUUGACCACCAGUCUUGUGUCUUUUAUAAAACCACCAAAAUGGCCUAAAAAGCAUGCUUCCUUCCCGGGGGGGGGGGAACUUC